CAUCUUUUCGCAGGACACACAGUUUCUCCCUUUUUUCCCCUACUACUUUGUGUGUGACUUCUCUGUAUAUGCUGACAUUCUUCGUCUUUCUCACCUCUUCUCUUUUGCCCUCACAGUGCACUCAACUUGCAGGAGAUAGCCACCCAUCGACAUCCCGCCUGACCUCUGCCUCCUCUUUCUCGAACCUCCAAUCGGGCGCCUAUUCUCUGCCCUACUCCACCUUCGACACCUGCCACUACAACUGACAAAAAGACUUCCCUCUCUGCCUCCGUCCAAGACCCUGUGUCGUUUGCAUGAGGCCUCGCAUGAUCAGGUCCUCGAUAGUCCUGUGUUAACCUGCCGCACACGACCUAUACCACGCCCGGAUCCCGCAGCGAUCGAACAUGCAGAUCCUGGCCGCCCUGCUGCGCUCCGAAAGGCACCAUCAAGUCGUCCUGUCCGUCUCUCAGCGGUGAACUCUGGUGAAAUGUCAACGUCGCGCAGGGUUGCACAAGACUCGACUCCUCCAUCACAGGCAGUCAAGUCGGGGUCGACCUUUGCCGCAGCUUUCCAUUACACAGAGCCCAGCAGACCUGCUCAAUCCGCCCCGCGUACAGCAACGUCUGCCGUCCAUCAGUCGGGCAUGAGCGGCCUCUCGCCGCGCCGUCGUGCUGCCCAGGCGGCUGCCAUGAACGGCUAUGUCGCCAGCCCUGAUCUCCCUCCUCCGCCACCGCCCAUGUAUGUUCGAGCGUUGUAUAAUUACGAUGCGGAUGACCACACCAGUCUGAGUUUUCGCGCAGGCGAUAUCAUCCAGGUCUUGACACAACUCGAGAGUGGGUGGUGGGACGGGGUGAUCAAUAAUGUCCGGGGCUGGUUCCCCAGUAAUUAUACGGUUGAGAUAUCGGAUGCAAAUGAGCUGGUUGAAUUAACUGGCCAAGAUGAGAGUGAAACGGGAUCAGGGACCGAGGAGGAUUACGAUGAUGAAGAGGAGGAUUCGGAUACUCGCACACAGGACGAAGAUUCCGACCUACCUAUAGAGGGUGGAACGGAGCAGCCUCAAGAAGAGGCCGCCUUUUGGGUCCCCCAGGCGACUCCAGAUGGACGAUUGUUCUAUUUCAAUACCUUGACCGGUGUUAGUACCAUGGAGCUGCCAUUAGAAACGCCAACAAGCUCAGAUGAGACUGGGCCAAGGGAGCGCAAUAACUUUCGCAUACCGGACCAGACUAGACCGCCUCCUGAAAUGAUGGCUGGAAGGUAUGGGCAGAACGAGGAGGACUAUGAUGGGUCGGCGUCUGAAGCAGAUGGUGAACAGUCUUUCCGUUCCUCACGCAAGAAGGGGUCCAUGACUUCUGGUAGUAUUUCCACGUCGACGUCCAUGGAUUCAAUCGAUGUAAGUGCCGCGAGACAAGCUGGUAAUCAGGUUUCAAAUCCUCUCACAAGCACGUUCGGAACCUCAAUGGCACUGCCGCCACUAGGAACGACUGCCACUUCAUUCACUGUGCCGCCGCACCAGAAGCUCUCCAAGUCACCAAUGCCCAAAUAUUUCCUGGAUGAUACAGGUGCUGCGCCUGUCACGUGGAAUACACUUGUCGAGAAUAUGCGUGUAGCCAUCGAAGCUUAUCGGCAUGCUAUUCGUGUCCAGGCACGAGCUGACUAUGUUCGAAAAGCUGAAGAUAUUUCCGACCACCUGCGGAUGUUACUUGCCGCAGGUUCAGGGACAACUGACAACCAUUCUGGAAACCCUUCCAUCAUCUCACAGAACAAAGCCUUGUACCCUCACUUUAGGGAAAUGAUGUCCAAAUUCUCCAAACUCGUCCUAUCCUCCCAUAUCGCCGCCGCCGACUGGCCAGGACCGGAUGCUUUGACUAAGUGUCUACAAGAAGCUGAAGGUGUUAUGAACGGUGUCUAUGGUUAUGUUGAUGUGGCAAGACAACAACGUGGUGAAGAGAUACCUCGACUCAUCCCGGGCUUUAUCAUGGGGAGCAAGGUGGGAGGCAGUUGGAAAGACAACAACCUCGACAGCCAGACUAAUCUGGAGGAGACCUCGUUCAUGGACUCUGGCGAUGAACUGAGCUCACGACCAUCCCUGCCACUUGAUGCCAAUCUGCUACAACAAAUCGAUGAUUGUAAGAACAAUCUGAUAGCGGCUGUUCGCAGUCUAGAAGAGAAUCUCGUCCUGACCGAUAAGAUUGUGACACCGGCACGACAAUCUGCCAUUAGCGACGAUGUCUGCCACGGGGCAAGCAUAGUCAUUGACUACUUCCGACCCUGGAUGCAUCUCGUUGAAUCCAUUGACCUUUCUGGCCUGGGCAAUGUUUUUCAGAAAUCAACACCGGUAGAGUUUGGGUCCCAGAAGCAAAGAGUAUACGACUCUGUAGGCGAGGUCGUUGUGUGCUGCCAGGCUGUGACAGCACCACUUCCGGAUGAAUGGGCGGAGAUCAGGGGCGAGUCCCUGGAUACUCGUAUGAACAACGUACGUGAUGCAUGCAAGCAAAUGGAAACACACGUUUCCAAUUUGGGCCACUCACUGCGGUUGUUGCUGCCAGCUAGCAACCUAAAUGUUUCGGGGGUCACGAGCAAGCGAGACCACCGAAAUACGGAUGGGGGCGAGACAUAUCAGAAUCACCACCUGAGAUCCGACUCUAACCAUGCCAACAAUCUCCGACCAGCGUUGGCUGACAUUGGCCAGUCAAAGUCAUACACUAUAGGUCAAGAGCCACCAGCAGCGGACAAGGUCCGUCGUCCUCCCACCAAAGAUAAGGCAAGGCAGUUCUUUGGCCAGAUUCCGCCAAAUCUCACCCAAUUGAAGACUUCCAAUAUCGAGCCCAGCUUCAAUUCUGAUGAUGUCCCAUGGUACUUGCAGCUUGACCACGCUGACGAAGUCAUAUAUGACACCAAGACUGAUCCGCCUCAAGUCAAGAGCGGCUCGCUCACGGGUUUGGUCGAACAGCUUACUAGACAUGACCGACCUGAUACAAAUUUCACCACCACCUUUCUCCUCACGUAUAGAUCCUUUACAACAGCGUCGGAGUUAUUCGAACUCUUGGUCAAACGCUUCAAUCUACAGCCACCUCCUGGUUUGAACAGAGACGAGUUCUUGAUCUGGGAAGAACACAAACAGAAACCGGCACGAUUCCGAGUCUUGAACAUUCUCAAGGCCUGGCUUGAGGUGUACUGGAUGGAGUGUGAUAACGAAAAGAGCAGGGAAUUACUUGAACGCAUUACAGCAUUUGCUAAGAAUGCGCUCAACAGCACCAAAAUACCGCUGGCCAAGGUUCUGAUUACUAUCAUCGAUCAACGUCUAAAGGGCCAGGAGACGUCAUCGAAGAAGAUGGUCCUUACGAUAACGAACUCGGCUCCAACCCCAAUCUUGCCGAAGAACAUGAAGAAGCUGAAAUUCCUUGAUAUCGACCCCACCGAAUUUGCAAGGCAGUUGACCAUCAUGGAAUCCCGGCUCUAUGCCAAGAUCAAACCUUCAGAGUGCCUGGCAAAGACAUGGGAGAAAAAGGCCCCCGAUAUGCCUCCUUAUCUGAAUGUGCAAGCAGCCAUCUUGCACUCUAACCAGUUGACCAACUGGACGGCUGAAAUGAUCCUAGCACACUCUGAGGUGAAGAAGAGAGUCGUCGUCGUGAAGCAUUUUGUUGCGAUCGCGGAUAAAUGCCGCGCGCUGAAUAACUUCUCAGCUGUGACAGCAAUCAUUUCUGCAUUUGGAACAGCACCAAUUCUUCGCCUUGGGCGAACGUGGCAAGGAGUCAAUCCAAAGACACAAGCAAUGCUGGAGUCGAUGAGACAGUUGAUCUCUACAGCGAAGAACUUCUCGCAAUAUCGAGAGACACUGGCUACUGCAACUCCGCCUUGCAUUCCAUUCAUGGGUGUCUAUAUGACGGAUUUGAUCUUCAUUGAAGACGGCAUUCCGUCACUUGCAAAGAACUCGGAGCUGAUCAAUUUCUCUAAACGAACCAAGACAGCUGAAGUUAUCCGAUUGAUCCAACAGUACCAGAAUGUUCCAUAUAACCUGAAUCCUGUACCGGACUUGCAAGAUUGGAUCGCAGAGAACAUGAGGAAUGCAGGUGAUGUGCAAGAGAUGUAUGCGCAGAGCUUGAAGAUUGAGCCCCGUGAGCGAGAAGAGGAAAAAAUUGCUAGACUAUUGUCAGAAUCUGGGUUUUUGUGAAGACCUAUGGGGGGUCCGUUUUUCAAGUCUGUCAUCUUCUCCCAAUGGCCAGUACAUAUGUGGUGUUUAUAUGGUUGACAAACUCGGAAUGGUGGCGGCAUUGUGUCUGGCUUUCAGAGCUCUGGUGUUUGCGAGAAACCCGUGCUCACUGUUUGGGGCUUGAUUGAUACUGCUGCACGUGGUACCUGAUGGGGGAAGUCCACAUUUUGCUCAAAGCUACGAGAUCACGCAAUAGGUUACGAGUUUCAUGCCAUGGCUAUGGAUUAAUAUGACGGCGCCCAAGUCUAGUAUCAGAGGGCAAAGGGGGAUAUCUAUUACUGAGAAGGCGCAAGAGACCAAAAAAAGAACGAUGAUAUAUACUGAACAAUGCCGAGGGUGAUUCGUC